AUGGAAACCAUUUUAAGGGUCAGGCAGUCGAAUGAUGAAACCUCAUCACUGUUUGAAGUUACGUCAGGUAAUACUAUCCAAGUCGAUGGCCAAGAGUUCAAGUUCGAUUCAAUUCAGGGCGGACAAGUAGAUCAGCAAGAGCUCUUUGAGCGCACGGUCCAACCAUUUCUAGACUCUGAGAUAAUUCCACAUUCCAAAGAUGUAACUCUAUUCACGAUGGGACCGUCUGGAGCGGGCAAAUCUUACACCGUUUUUGGAACUCCUAGCAACGUUGGAUUGUUGUACCGUUCUUUGAGCUACCUUCUUCAGCAGGUAACAGGCGACUUGGCUUCUUAUGAUACAGUAAAGAAGCACCUAGGCAUGAACUUAAUAAAUCCGACAAAAUCAGGGGCUCAAGCGGGGAACUCUUCGGGGCAUACAGCUGUGACAGUCUCGAUGUUUGAAAUUUAUAACGACUCCAUUAAGGACUUAUUUGCCAACAGAGAAAUCAAUUCCAGAUCCGUAUUAGAUAUCGUUACAGAUCCGAGAGAUGGGAAACUGAAGCCAAGGAAUCUUUCCCAGUUUUAUGUUCCAAAUAUUGAUAUUUGCAAAAGAUUGUUUGAACUUGGAUUGAAAAACCGAAGGGGAAUUCAAAAGGGCUCCACCUCCACUAGUUCAGGCUCUCAUUGUUUUGUGCAUAUUAACUUUGUUAAGAUUUCGAAGGAUGGGAGGAAAUCUGCUGUCUCUAGGUUCACCUUGGCCGAUCUUUCUAGCAUUGAAAGCACUAAAAGUGCUCAAGCUAAGAACAUCUCUAUGAAACAAAAAUCAAUCAACAACACAUCUAUUUUAGAGCUCGGCCGAUGUAUUCAUUCUUUGAGAUCCGGUAAACAGGACAUGUCUUUACUCAGAACCAAUAAGAUUGCUCGACUUUUAUUUCAUGACUUUAUUAAGAACAAGGGAAUGAAUCCGCAAUUAAAGUUUUUAGUCAAUCUGGAUUCAAAUGGUGAUCAGGGUACUUCAUUACAGAUUUUGAGGUACAUUUCCUCAAGUAUCAAUGACGACAGAAGAACAUCUUCUCGUCCUAGUUCAUCUGGUUCCAGGGAUAGUGUCAAGAGACUUUCAGUCACCCAGAGAUUGAGUAGCCGUAUUUCCAGUACUCAUGUUAAGGAGAAGGAGACUCUAGAAAAGAUCAAAAAAGAGAAAGAUAUCUUGACGAAAGAGUUGAAACAGCUCCAAGAUAAGUUAGUAGAAAAUGAAAUUAGCAUUAGAAAAGAAAUCUCAAAUAAUUUUGAGGAGUCAAUAGCCAAAUUGAAUGAUGAAUUCAGACAGAAGGAGAUUUCUCUUCAAAACAGUUUGGAAAAAGAUUGCGAUAGAAAGCUCACUGACUUGGCAGAUGAGUAUGAGCAAACAUUGUGUUCAAUGAGAAGUGAGCUUGAUUCCAAAUCAAUCGAAAACCAAGACCUACUGAAGAAAAUUGCAUCCUUAAGGGAUGAGUUGAAACAUAAUAAAAUUGAAAACGAAUCGUUUCAAUCUUCUAUAACAAAACUUAAUGAAACUAUUGAGUUAAAAGCUCAAAAAAUUUCCGAUCUUAAAGUGAGCUCUGCCAGUUUGAGAGAGGAACUUGAUACCACCACUGCUAGCCUUAACGAGACCACAAAAUCAUUAAAUGAUAGUAAAGAACUUGUUACUCGAUUGCAAGCCGAAAUUACAGAAAAGAAAUCUCUUUUGGAACAGAGAGAAUUUGGUUCAUCAGAGAUAAAGCAAGAUUAUGAGAAGCAGAUUAGGGAUCUAAGAAACCAAGUUAAAAGGUUGGAUGCCGAUGUUACUGCUGGAGAAAAUGUUAUUAAGAAAUUAGAAUCUAAUUUAGAACAAAAGAUAGCAGAAGUUGACGAGAUGAAGACAAAAUUAUCACAGGCAGAGAAGAGCAUCGAUUUUAACAAAAGACAUAUCGACAUUCUGAAGGACAAGUUUACUGCUUCUAAACAAAAGUUACCAGCCUCUGAUGAUAACAAUUCCGCUACUGAGCAUCCCAAAAGCAGCAGAGCUCCAGAGACAGCAGAUCCAGACUCUUUAAAAGAGAAUAUUUCUCCACCAAAAAAAUCCAAACAUAAAUCAAGUUCCAAAUCUCAAAAAAUAGAUGACGCCCUUAAAUUGACAUCUUUCACUCUCUUUGACAAAUUAGAACCCCAAUCUGUCGAUUCGUCGGUGAAAAGAAAACGCAAUAUUCUCAGUUCGCCAACAAAAGCCAGCGAUCUGCUCAUGUCAUCUCCUACGAAAACUAGGAAGAAGUUAAGAAAGAAAGAGAUAGUCAAUAUUUUCGAUGACAAUGAGUUAGACUAA